ACACAGGGGUUUAAAAAGCAGCGGAUUCCAGUGCUUCACUGCGGUUCCUGAACAGCGACAAGAAGCGAUGGCAGAGCCUGUGAAGCAGAGCGAUACUCAGACACCUGAUUAUAAACUGGUUCCCCAUCGGCAGUUCUACCUGAUCUCUGGGGUCCAUUCUCCAGAGCAAGUGGACCAGAUCCAGAACUGGGAAAUCCGAGACUCGGACAUUUUCAUAAUCACAUACCCUAAGUCAGGGACAAUAUGGAUGCAGCAAAUCCUCAGUCUGAUUGAGGCGAGGGGUAAUGUCAUGGCAACCAAAGAUCAGCUGACCUCUGAGCGCAUUCCAUGGAUCGAGUUGAUAGGCAGCGAGAAAGAAUUUAUUUCCGCCCCUUCCCCCAGGCUCCGUGUUUCUCACUUACAGUACAAAUUUGUCCCGCUUGGACUCAAACAAAAGAAAGGCAAGGUAAUCUACGUGGCGAGAAAUCCAAAGGAUGUGCUAGUGUCAUACUACCAUUUUCACAAGUUUGCAGAAAUGCUGGAGACGCCAAAAGACUUCAAUGACUUCUUUGGGAAAUUCAUGGAGGGAAAAGUUUAUGGAAACUGCUGGUUUGAGCAUGUUAAGACCUGGUACUCGCACAAAGAUGACAUGAACUUCCUGUACAUAACAUAUGAAGACAUGAUUAAGGACUUGCGGUCAGUGGUUGAGCAGAUCAGUUUGUUCCUGGGGAAACACUUGACAGAGCAGGAGUUGGCCAAUGUGGUGGAGCACAGUACUUUUCACAAUAUGAAACACAACCCUCAGGCCAACUAUCAAAUGGUCUCAGACACAUUGCUUAACCACCAGAAAGGGACAUUCAUGAGGAAAGGAACUGUUGGUGACUGGAAAAACCACUUCACAGUUUCUCAAAAUGAAAAAUUUGACAGAGUGUACCAAGAGAAGAUGAAAGAUUUGCCUCUAACCUUUGUGUGGGACAUCAAUGACAUUAUCAGCUCAUGAUGCUAUUUGAAAAACGGUCAUGGCUUUAUACA